AUGAGCUCUCACAACUCGACCACAAUGACAGGGUCCGAAGGUAGAUCUGGGCCACCCUCGCAGAAACUGAAGGAUAGCUGCGAUAUGUGUUCAUCAUCGAAGGUUAAAUGCAACAAGGAAAAGCCUGUGUGUAGUCGCUGUCGCAAGCUGGGCUAUCCGUGCUUCUACAGUCCCGCACGGCGCAUAGGGCGUCCGCAUCCAAACCGUCGAACCAUCAGUCGCAAAUCACCGGAAGCGCGUCCUACACUUUCAAGAAAACAAUCUGCAAUCUAUACAAGCGCGCCAAAUACACCUGAAGACUCCCAGUUGCUUUGUCAAGAUUCUCGUGUGAGCCUAGACAUACAGCCUUCGAUCUUUGACGAGAAUGAAUGCUCAUCGGCCGUGACAUAUGGGCCGAAUCCCAUACAUUGGCUGGACGACAUGUACAUGCCAGCGGGCGGUCUAGGCGAGACUGAAACAAUCACAGCAUCUGCUAUGAAUUGGGGCUCAUAUGUCUUCAAUGAUGGUUUCGAUCAAAAGCAGACCUUAAAUGUUCCACAAUCCCCACCACCAGACUUUGACCUCUUCAACUUCUCCGACGCCUUAAACAGGGACCCACAGUGGCUCAAUUCAUUACAACCUCAAGUGGAUUCCUCCUUCAUACCUCUCGAGAUUUCCCUACCACAAAGUAUUAGCCAAGGUUCCAGUGCUGUCGCACCCGAGGCAGUGGAAAAUCAUACCAGGGAUCAAACACCAAUCUCAGAUUCAUCUGAGCCGGAUUGUGUGAUAGGCGCAAUCGAUAUCCUGCGCCGUCUCCAGACCUCCAAGAAACCUUCGAUUGAGACACUGAACGGUACAUCAGAACAAGAGGUGCCAGGUCGUGUACAGACCGCUGCUUGGGCGAUUCACCGACUAUCGACUAUCUUGGUAUGUCCUUGCUCACGGAAGACAUACGUCGGUAUUUUGGUGGCGACAGUCUGUAUGGUCAUUAUGGAUGUAUACGACUCGCUGUUUCACCGGUCCCAUCACAGGAAGGCCGGAGACCACACUAUGGGUCAUGCUCAAAUUAUGGACCCCAAUUACUCGCUAGAUCUCCAUGCGGAUCAGAAUGAGUGCAUAAUAACGGAAUUUGGUGCGCCUACCGAUUUUGAAUCUGACGACGGAGAAGCCCACAUGUCAUCGGUGCAUAUCCUGGAGGAACUCUCCAAGCUCGCCAACGUGGUGAUGCAAUUUGCCCGCAGAUACAGAGGGGAUGCAUGCGUGCAGCCUACUGGUACAAUUUCUGUGCUAGCAGAUUCGCUGAAAUUACGGUUGAGAUCAAUCACCAACGAAGCAUUUCAGAAGUGCCAGAGAUAA